AUGCCACCGAUUCUCGUGGCUGUAGAGCGGAGGCGGAAUGGCACCUUGGCCUCCCCUGUAGCCACCAGCAAAUCCCUGGCAUCUGAGAUGCUGGCGUGGGCCAGCGCCCAGAUCCACUGCCAGUUUCACGCCAGCGAGAACCGGGUAGCGCUCCCUCCUUCUGACGGCAGCAAGCAUGACGUGCAGGCAGAGAACGAGACAGUCUUCGUCCCCAACAGAGGGGAGCGGGGCCAGUGUAUCCUGUCCACUCCACCAAAGAUUCUCUUCUGUGACUUGCGACUGGAUCCCGGGGAGUCAAAAUCCUAUUCGUACUGUGAGACGCUGCCCAUAGACGGCCCUCCCUCUUUCCGGGGACAGUCGGUGAAGUACGUGUACAAGCGCCAGCGUGUCAACUCCCCCAUCAAGCUCCUGCGCGUUCCCUUCCGUGUCCUCGUGCUGCACGGGCUCAAGGAUUACCAGUUCCCACAGGACGAGGCCGUUGCGCCCUCAAACCCCUUCCUGGAGGAGGAGGAGGGCUUGAAGAAAGACUCUCGCCUGGCGGACCUGGCAACAGAACUGCUUAUGGUGGCCACCUCCCGGCGCAGCCUGCACCUGUAUAACAUCAGCAACACUCGCGGGAAGGUGGGGACAUUCUGCAUCUUCAAGACGGUGUAUAAGAUUGGAGAGGAUGUCGUUGGGACCUUUAACUUUUCGGAAGGAGACAUCCCAUGUCUGCAGUUCUCGGUGAGCCUGCAGACGGAGGAGAGCAUCCAGGAGGAGUUGCCGGCGUGGCGUGGCCAGCCCGUCUCCUUCAGCACGCCCGCCCGCCAUCAAGAGGCCUGC